AAGAUGGCGGCGGUGCUGUGGAGGCCGGUCUCCUCCUCCUCGUCGCCCUCCUCCGCCCCGCCACUCGCCGUCGCCUCCUCCUCCUCCUCCUCGGUCUCCUCCUCCCGGCUCGCUGCCUCCACCUCCUGCAGCAGCAGUAGCGACUGCCGCGGCGCCGGCCCGCUCGCCCGGAGCUGCGGAGGGGGAUAGACAGCCGGGGCAGCUGCAGGCUCCGGCGACGAGGCCGAGCUGGGGCCCGGGCGGGGACGGCGGCGGCGGCGGCGGCGGCGCCGGGUGGGGAUGGGGUCGCAGACGCUGCAGAUCCUCCGGCAGGGGGUGUGGGCCGCGCUCAGCGGGGGCUGGUACUACGACCCGCACCAGGCCACCUUCGUGAACGCGCUGCACCUCUACCUGUGGCUCUUUCUGCUCGGCCUGCCCUUCACCCUCUACAUGGCUCUUCCUUCUUCCAUGAUUAUAGUAGCAGUUUAUUGUCCUGUGAUUGCUGCUGUUUUCAUUGUUCUGAAGAUGGUCAACUAUCGACUACACAGAGCACUGGAUGCUGGAGAAGUCAUAGAUAGGAGCGCAAAUGAAUUUAUGGAUCAGCGAGUCAAAGCUGAACAAGGGAACUGUUCAACCAGGAGAAAAGACAGCAAUGGGCCUAGUGAUCCUGGUGGAGGGAUUGAAAUGUCUGAGUUCAUUCGAGAGGCCACACCUCCAGUCGGCUGCAGCUCAAGAAAUUCUUAUGCUGGUCUAGACCCAAGUAACCAGAUUGGAUCUGGUUCCUCUCGUCUUGGAACAGCAGCUACUAUUAAAGGAGAUACAGACACUGCUAAGACUUCUGAUGAUAUCAGUUUAAGUCUGGGCCAGAGCUCUAGUCUCUGUAAGGAUGGAAGCGAAGAGCAAGAUUUGGCAACUGAUCGGAAGCUUUUCCGUCUGGUCUCCAAUGACUCCUUCAUCUCCAUUCAGCCUUCCUUGUCCUCUUGUGGACAGGAUUUACCAAGGGACACGAGUGACAAAGCAAGCUUGCCAAGUCAUAGCCACCACCACCACAUCGAACAGUCUCUUUCCAGUGCCUGUGACACAGAGGUAGCUUCCCUUGUACCUUUACAUUCGCACUCUUACAGGAAAGAUCACCGGCCACGAGGUGUACCACGGACUUCCAGCUCUGCUGUGGCUUUUCCUGACACUUCGCUGAAUGACUUCCCUCUUUAUCAGCAAAGACGUGGGUUAGAUCCAGUUAGCGAGUUAGAAUCUUCUAAGCCUCAUUCUGGAUCUAAAGAAUCCUUAGUAGACAAUUCCUGUGUAUCAGGGAAAUUUCAGCUUACUGAUGACCCAAAAAACAGUAAUUCCCAGCCACCCCCCAAAAGCGGGAAGAACAAAGCAUUGAACGCUGACAAAAGCGUGGACAGCCUGAGGAGCCUGAGCACACGGAGUAGUGGGUCAACAGAGAGCUAUUGCAGUGGGACAGACCGUGACACCAACAGCACCGUUAGCAGCUAUAAAAGUGAGCAGACCAGCUCUACUCACAUAGAGAGCAUCUUGUCAGAGCAUGAAGAGUCUCCUAAAGUGGGAAAGAGCAGCACUGGGAAAAAAGAGUCCUGCCUUGACCCUGAGGACAUGAGUAGCUAUGCCAGUGACAAAAGGACUAAUAGUGACAAGACUGUCUUAGAAGUGAGUUCAAAUAGUGGGGCUCCCGAGGCCCAGGUUUCUCAGGCCUCCGAUGAGUUGCACAACCAGAGAGAGGUUAGCACUUCUGCCUCUGAAGAAGCCAAUAAAAACCCCCAUGCAAAUGAGUUUCCUGUGCCAGGGCGACCACCUGAGAAAACUACCGAAAACAAAGAGGAGCAAAGUGAAAAGCCUAGUGCUGUGGUUGAUUCAAAAGUUUGUAAAGACAUUGGGGGAAAGCAGAAGGAAGGGGAUGUUCGGCCCAAAUCAUCUAGCUUAACCCACAGGGCAGCCUCUGCCCACAAGUCAGGCCGGAGACGGACAGGAAAGAAACGGGCCAGCAGUUUCGACUCAAGCCGGCACAGGGACUAUGUUUCUUUUCGAGGUGUUUCUGGAACCAAACCACAUAGUGCUAUAUUUUGUCAUGACGAGGACUCUAGUGAUCAAAGCGACUUGAGUAGAGCAUCAAGCAUUCAGUCUGCUCACCAGUUGAGCAGUGAUAGCUCUUCCAGCACCGCUUCUCAUUCAUGCCAGUCUCCUGAAAGCAGGUACAAUGCUCUGAAAACCAAGCAUGUUCAUAAGGAAAGGGGGACAAACUCGGAACACAUACACAGAGCUCAUCUGGGACCAGAAGGAGCCAGCAAAAAGAGGGCCACACGACGGACUUCCAGUACAAAUAGUGCCAAGACUCGUGCCCGAGUGUUGAGCUUGGACAGUGGCACAGUAGCCUGUUUGAAUGAUUCAAAUAGGCUCCUGGCACCUGAAAAUAUAAAGCCAUUAACCACCUCAAAAUCAGAUCUCGAGGCCAAAGAAGGAGAGGUGCUAGAUGAGCUGUCUUUAUUGGGACGGGCUUCACAAUUAGAGACAGUCACUCGAUCUAGGAAUAGUUUGCCAAGCCAGGUUGCGUUUCCAGAAGGGGAAGAGCAAGACACUGUCAGUGGAGCAGCACAGGUCAGCGAGGAGACAGUGUCAUUUCGCCGUGAACGCAGUACAUUUAGGCGCCAGGCAGUGCGGCGCCGGCACAAUGCAGGGAGUAACCCUACCCCUCCUACCUUGCUCAUCGGAUCACCUCUAAGCCUUCAAGAUGGUCAGCAAGGCCAGCAGUCCACAGCCCAGGUCAAAGUCCAGUCCCGUCCCCCUUCUCAGGCUGCAGUGCUCAGUGCUAGUGCCUCCUUGCUGGUGAGAAAUGGGAGUGUCCACUUAGAAGCAUCACAUGACAAUGCAUCUGCUGUAGGCGGUAGCAGUUUGCACGAUGAACUUGGUAAGUUUUCUUCUACGCUGUAUGAGACUGGUGGCUGUGAUAUGUCACUUGUGAAUUUUGAACCAGCAGCAAGAAGAGCAUCCAAUAUCUGUGACACGGACUCCCAUGUAUCCAGUUCUACCUCAGUGCGAUUUUACCCACAUGAUGUGCUCUCUCUCCCACAGAUUCGGUUGAAUAGACUGUUGACCAUCGAUACAGAUUUGUUAGAACAGCAGGACAUCGAUCUAAGCCCUGACUUGGCAGCCACUUACGGUCCAACAGAAGAAGCUGCGCAAAAAGUUAAACACUACUACCGCUUUUGGAUCCUGCCCCAGCUCUGGAUUGGGAUUAACUUUGACAGACUCACACUUCUGGCCCUGUUUGAUAGAAAUCGUGAGGUCCUGGAAAAUGUAUUAGCUGUCAUCCUGGCUAUUCUUGUGGCUUUUUUGGGAUCCAUUCUUCUCAUCCAAGGCUUCUUCAGAGACAUUUGGGUCUUCCAGUUCUGCCUGGUCAUAGCCAGCUGUCAGUACUCAUUACUGAAGAGUGUUCAGCCAGAUUCUUCUUCUCCUAGACAUGGUCAUAAUCGUAUCAUUGCCUACAGUAGACCAGUUUACUUCUGUUUAUGUUGUGGUCUUAUUUGGCUAUUGGACUAUGGUAGCAGAAAUCUUACUACGACUAAGUUCAAAUUAUAUGGAAUAACUUUCACCAAUCCACUGGUGUUUAUAUCAGCCAGAGAUUUAGUUAUAGUGUUUACACUCUGUUUCCCAAUAGUAUUUUUCAUUGGUCUCCUGCCUCAGGUGAACACAUUUGUAAUGUAUCUUUGUGAACAAUUGGAUAUUCAUAUCUUUGGUGGUAAUGCCACUACAAGCCUGCUUGCAGCACUUUACAGUUUUAUCUGUAGUAUUGUGGCAGUAGCCUUAUUGUAUGGAUUGUGUUAUGGAGCUUUAAAGGAUUCGUGGGAUGGUCAGCAUAUUCCAGUACUUUUCUCUGUGUUUUGUGGCUUGUUAGUGGCAGUAUCCUAUCAUCUCAGCCGACAAAGCAGUGAUCCAUCUGUACUUUUUUCUUUGGUGCAAUCCAAGAUUUUUCCAAAAGCAGAAGAGAAAAAUCCAGAAGAUCCUCUAUCUGAAGUAAAAGACCCACUGCCUGAAAAACUUAGAAAUUCUGUUAGUGAGCGUUUACAGUCUGACCUAGUAGUAUGCAUUGUAAUUGGUGUGCUGUAUUUUGCUAUUCAUGUAAGCACAGUGUUCACGGUAUUGCAACCUGCUCUCAAGUAUGUGUUAUAUGCAUUAGUUGGCUUCGUGGGGUUUGUAACCCACUAUGUGCUGCCUCAAGUUAGGAAACAGCUACCGUGGCACUGUUUCUCUCAUCCUUUGCUGAAGACAGCAGAGUAUAAUCAAUAUGAAGUUCGAAAUGCAGCCACUAUGAUGUGGUUUGAAAAACUUCAUGUGUGGCUUCUUUUUGUGGAGAAGAAUAUCAUCUAUCCACUGGUCGUUCUCAAUGAACUUAGUAGCAGUGCAGAGACAAUUGCUAGUCCAAAGAAACUGGAUACAGAGUUAGGUGCUUUAAUGAUCACCAUUGCUGGCUUAAAGUUGCUGCGAUCAUCUUUUAGCAGUCCUACAUACCAGUAUGUCACAGUCAUCUUUACUGUGCUCUUUUUCAAAUUUGACUAUGAAGCUUUUUCAGAGACUAUGUUAUUGGACCUCUUUUUCAUGUCCAUACUGUUCAACAAGCUUUGGGAACUCCUUUAUAAGUUGCAGUUUGUGUAUACCUACAUUGCUCCAUGGCAGAUUACAUGGGGUUCUGCUUUCCAUGCAUUUGCUCAGCCCUUUGCAGUGCCCCAUUCAGCCAUGCUGUUUAUUCAGGCUGCUGUGUCAGCUUUCUUCUCUACCCCAUUAAACCCCUUCCUGGGAAGUGCGAUAUUCAUCACUUCAUAUGUUCGACCUGUGAAAUUCUGGGAGAGAGAUUAUAACACAAAACGAGUGGAUCAUUCAAAUACCAGAUUGGCUUCUCAACUUGAUAGAAAUCCAGGAUCAGAUGACAAUAAUCUGAAUUCUAUCUUUUAUGAACAUUUAACCAGAUCCCUCCAACACAGCCUCUGUGGUGAUUUGCUGCUAGGACGAUGGGGAAACUAUAGUACUGGAGACUGUUUCAUCCUUGCCUCUGACUAUCUCAAUGCAUUAGUACACCUUAUAGAGAUAGGCAAUGGCCUGGUGACUUUCCAGCUACGGGGACUUGAAUUCAGAGGUACUUACUGUCAACAACGGGAAGUAGAAGCCAUUACUGAGGGUGUAGAAGAAGAUGAAGGAUUUUGCUGUUGUGAACCUGGCCAUAUUCCUCAUAUACUUUCAUUUAAUGCUGCCUUUAGCCAACGUUGGCUGGCUUGGGAAGUAAUAGUUACUAAGUAUAUUCUGGAAGGUUACAGCAUCACUGAUAAUAGUGCUGCUUCUAUGCUUCAGGUCUUUGAUCUUCGGAAGGUACUCACCACUUACUAUGUCAAGGGUAUCAUUUAUUAUGUUAUCACUUCCUCUAAGUUAGAAGAGUGGCUAGCUAAUGAGACAAUGCAGGAAGGACUUCGACUGUGUGCAGAUCGAAAUUAUGUUGAUGUAGACCCAACAUUUAAUCCAAACAUCGAUGAAGACUAUGACCAUCGGCUGGCAGGCAUAUCCAGGGAGAGUUUCUGUGUGAUUUACCUCAACUGGAUAGAGUACUGCUCUUCCCGGAGAGCAAAGCCACUGGAUGUGGACAAAGAUUCAUCCCUGGUAACUCUGUGUUAUGGCCUCUGUGUUCUGGGACGGAGAGCUUUGGGAACUGCAUCCCACCAUAUGUCCAGUAAUUUAGAGUCAUUCCUCUAUGGAUUGCAUGCCCUAUUUAAAGGAGAUUUCCGUAUUUCUUCAAUUCGAGAUGAAUGGAUCUUUGCUGACAUGGAACUGCUAAGAAAAGUAGUAGUCCCUGGAAUUCGUAUGUCCAUUAAACUUCAUCAGGAUCAUUUUACUUCUCCAGAUGAGUAUGAUGACCCCACUGUACUCUACGAAGCCAUUGUAUCACACGAGAAGAACCUCGUGAUAGCCCAUGAAGGAGACCCUGCAUGGCGGAGUGCAGUCCUUGCCAACUCUCCCUCCUUGCUUGCUCUGCGGCAUGUCAUGGAUGAUGGCACCAAUGAAUAUAAAAUCAUCAUGCUCAAUAGACGCUACCUGAGUUUCAGAGUCAUUAAAGUAAACAAGGAGUGUGUCCGAGGUCUUUGGGCUGGGCAACAGCAGGAACUUGUUUUUUUACGAAACCGUAACCCAGAGAGAGGUAGCAUCCAGAAUGCAAAGCAAGCUCUACGAAACAUGAUAAACUCAUCUUGUGAUCAGCCAAUUGGCUACCCGAUCUUUGUCUCACCCCUGACAACUUCUUACUCUGACAGCCAUGAACAGCUCAAAGAAAUUCUUGGAGGACCUAUUAGCUUGGGAAAUAUCAGAAACUUUAUAGUGUCAACUUGGCACAGGCUAAGGAAAGGUUGUGGAGCUGGAUGUAAUAGUGGGGGCAAUAUUGAAGAUUCUGACACUGGAGGUGGAACUUCCUGUACUGGUAACAACGCCACAACUGCCAAUGAUCCCCACAGCAAUGUAUCCCAGGGAAACACUGGAAAUCCUGGGCAGGGAUCAGGAGUGGGACUCCAUCCGCCUGUCACUUCUUACCCUCCAGCACUAGGCACCAGCCAAAGUGCUCACUCUGUGCAGUCAAGCCUGGUCAGACAGUCUCCCGCUCGGGCCUCCGUAGCCAGCCAGUCUUCCUACUGCUACAGCAGCCGGCAUUCGUCCCUCCGGAUGUCCACCACGGGAUUUGUGCCUUGUCGGCGCUCUUCUACCAGCCAGAUAUCACUACGAAACUUACCAUCGUCCAUCCAGUCCCGCCUGUCCAUGGUGAACCCAAUGGAGCCUUCCAGCCAGAGUGCAGUCUGUGUGCAGCAUGGCCUUCCCUCUUCCAGCAGCUCCAGCCAAAGCAUCCCAGCUUGCAAACAUCACACUCUUGUGGGCUUUCUUGGGACAGAGGGAGGUCAGAACAGUGCCACUGAUGCCCAGCUAGGGAGCACCUUAAGUCCCCCCAGUAGUUCACAUGUCAGAAAGGGCGAAGUGAUUUACAGAGUCCAAAUUGUGGAUCCUAGUCAAGUCCUGGAAGGGAUCAAUUUGUCAAAAAGGAAAGAGCUGCAGUGGCCUGAUGAGGGAAUCCGAUUAAAAGCUGGAAGAAACAGCUGGAAAGAGUGGAGUCCUCAGGAGGGCAUGGAAGGCCAUGUGAUUCACCGAUGGGUGCCUUGCAGCAGAGAUCCAGGUACGAGAUCCCACAUCGACAAGGCAGUGCUUCUGGUCCAGAUUGAUGACAAAUAUGUGACUAUAAUUGAAACUGGGGUACUAGAACUCGGGGCUGAAGUUUGAGCUGGUGUUUUGUAGCUGCGUUUCUUUAUUGUCUCAUUUCCGAGACGUUGGCAAAAGAGAGGAGCAAGCAGAAGAUGCCUACAGGGAUCUCUUCAGUCCGGUGUGGGAGAGCCUGGAGAACAGUGACACGGCUAAGCUCCUCUCCUUCAUCCUCCACCCUGCCUCCAUCCCCAAAUAAAGCUGAAAUAUUUUUUUAAGUUAGCUGCCGAGAAAACAUUUGCAUGAAGGAUAAAUUUCAGUUGAAAUACAUCUUUUAAAAGUUUUUCCUAUGCAUUGCCUAUGCUUUAAAUCAACAAACUCUUCAUUUCUAAACUAUGAUCUCAUAUUUUUCUAAUUUGUUUGCCAAAAAUAAUUGCCAUGUUUCAUCAUGGAACAUGAAAUCCAUUGACCUUGAUUUUUACAGACAGACCCAUGUAGAAGCAUUCAAUUUGAUACAUAGCAGUAUAAAAGUUUAAUGUACAGUGAGAGAAAAGAUGAACAGAGGUAGAUUUAUCUUAGUCCUUGAACGCUAAAAACUUUAAUGGAAAAAAAACUGCACUAAUUUUUUACAAUGCACUAAAUUCUGAGAUUUCUCAGAACAUUUAUUUAUAUAUAAAAUAAAAUACCAUUAUUUAAAUUGCCUUUGGAAUUAACCCCUUCCCUUUCCUGAUACAGUUAACAGGAACUGUGCUGCUUGGUUUUUUUUGUUAUUGUUGUUAGUAGUCUGUACUUCAUGCCAGUACAUUGGAUGUGUUCUUUGAGAUGAAUAUGAAAUUUUGAGAUACAUAGAACUUCAUCCUUGACAUUUCCUGGAGCCAGUGGUCAGCGGAUCAGUCAUGUGAACACCACUGCCAGCUACUGUGUCCACAUCUAGAUGAACUCCUUGCAUUGUGUCCCCUGCACUUCCCUGCAUGGGGUAGGCUCUGUCCGGGUUGGUUCUGGAAAGAAAAUGCUUUUGCUUUUCAAGGAAGAUGAAUGUCCAGGAAUUUAAAGACAAAAUUGAUUGCUUUUUAUUUUAAGAGUUUUAGCUUUUGAAGUUACUCAUAUGAAGUUCAGUUUCUCAAGUAAAAUUUUUUCAAACAAAAUUACCCAAAUGGUGCAGUUCUUAUGAAUAUAUUCCUCUUUAAUAAGUUUAUUUUUUAUUUCCAUCCUCUCUUCUUUUUCUAGUAAUUGAAUUUUAUUUCACAUAAUUUAUAAUAUGUAAUUGUAAUUUGAAAUAUUUAUAACUGUGAAAUUGACUUAAUUCAUAUAUUGUUUCAUAAAUUAUAUUGAUUUUUUUAAAAAGUAUUUUCAGGGAAAUAUAUAACACAGUUUUACAAUUGGGCUAUGUGAGAAUUACAAUUUAGUUUUGAUUUUCAACUUUUAGGAUUUUAAAUUCUUAAGAAAAAUUUCCUUUUGCUUUGAAAUUCCAAAGAAAAUUCUUCAUGACCUCUGAACAUUUAGGAGCAACCAUGGGUCUACCCCCCAGAGUAGAUAGUAAAAAGAAGCAAGUAAAAUUAAUUCUUAUACAUUUUAUUUAAUCCAGUAUAUCCAAAGUACUGCCAUUGUGACACGUGGCACUGAUUAUUUUUCUAGUGCUCAAUAGCUGCGUGUGUGUCUGAUGGCUGCCAUGUUGGACCAUGUAUGUUUAUAUAUAUUUCAAUGAGCUGAAAAGGGGAAAGUAUUUUUCCUUCUGGUUCUAAAGUACAUCUCACAGCAGCAUAAGAUGGCAGCAGAGGGAACAGAAACUAAGAAAGUAAAUAGGUAACAUACAGAAUCUUUUCUGCAUUUCCUUAUGUUUUUUAUUGUUUUUUUUCCCUAAUUUUAAAAUUUAUAGUCAUUCAGAUCCCAACGUGCCUUGUGUUUACAUUUUCGUAGACUUUACACUUUGGAAAUUUUACUGCUUAGAAAUAUUUGUCAAAUGAUUUAUUGAACCUUCACACAAAGAAUGCUUUUUCAAAUUGACCAUUUGAAAGUGUAUUUUUCUAAUAGUGUCAUAUUCUAGAUUUUCCUCAUUUUGGCAAAUCAACAGUAUAAGUUCAGUGGGGGUUUUUUUCCCUGAAACUGAAUAUGUGAUCUAUUUUAAAUCUCAAAAGAAUUGUGUUCCCUGCUGUUCGCCCCCUCUUUGAAUAUGAUCUUUUCAUGAUCGUUGCCGAGUAAUAAGAGUAAAUGGAAGCUUUUCAAUCUUAGAUGAAAGGUAAUCAUUUUCCCACACAGAAAAAGAAAAAAAAAUCUGAACUUGAGAUGAUUCAUUCCGAAAGGCUAGAGUUCUGUUUAUUCUUCAUCACCCUCCCCCAAAUUGUUAAAGACGCUGUAUAUACUGAAAAGUUAGAUUCCAAAUACAAAACUGGGUUUUUUAUGAAACAUGUAUGUUGAAUCUUACUUUGUUUUUGUUUUUGUGUGUGUGUUUUGUUUUUUAUUUAUUUAUUUUUUUGUACCGGGAAUUGAACUCACAACCUUGCUCUUGCCUCUCAGGCACUUACACUGCUGAGCUAAACUCCCAGCUGAAUCUUACUUUGGAAUAGCAGUUAAUGGACAUUUUCCUCAAAACAAGUUGGCUGUUGUUAUAUAACUCUAAUGAAUUUACAAAUUAGGAACCCUAAGAGAAGCUAUACUGCUAUUUUUUUAAGUUUAAAACAGUCUUUUAAAAAUUAUAACACUUUUCUAAUUGUAUCAAGGAAAGUAGUAAUAAUUGAAGAAAGACUCAUGUCUAAUAAUUUGAUCCAAAUUAAAAAGUGUUUAUUUCUGUAUAUUAAAUUGAUCAUACAAUUGGGCUUCUCCCCACAGAGAGGAGUGAGUUAUUCAUUUAGAUUCUGUCCUUAACCAUUUUCAUUAAUAUACAAUACUUCUUUCAGCAUAUGUUAGUGUUUUAGUUCAUAAAUUGCCAAAGUUUUCAGAGUUCCAUAAUUUAAAAGCAAAAAUAUGUAAUUAAAGCAUUAUCUUUUUAUUUACUUAAAGUGCAGUUGCAUGUUUGACUCCUUUGUGUUACACUGUUUGAUACUCUGUUUGAGAGAGUAACCUGGAAUGAGUUGAAAGGGAUUACCUUUUUUUAAAGUUUUUUUGUCUUAAUGACAAAACCAUUUUAUAAUUCCAAAUUAAGCUUUUGGUAAUCUUUUACCUUUACCUUGGUAUGAACUCUCUUUGUAUACCAUUGACUUUUUAUUAAAAAGCUUUUUAAUUUUUCCAAGAAUCUAGAUUAACAUAACAUGUUUAUGGAAUUUGAGAGUAAUGGUGAAGGUGUCUGUAUUUUUUUUUAGAUAAAAGGUAAGUUAAUUAGUGAACAAAGUCAGUGUCUGCCUUCAUUACUGGAAUAUUAGAUUCCAUUAGACUUGAAAGUUUUGAAAAAUAUAUCAAGUAUAUCUGAAAUACCUUUUAAUCCUCAAGACAGAAUAUAUCAGUAUUUCCAUCCUGAAAGAUACAUGGAAAAGUAUUUUGGAUACCAAAUGUCAGGCUUUGGAAAAACAAGUUUUUACUUAGGAAACUAUAGCUCAUUAAAAAGAUGAAAUAUUCUUUUGUGAGCAAGUCUUCUCAAAAUGUAAAGUAUACCUUCACAUGUAAAGAUGGAAAACUUAACCAUAAUAAGCUUUACUUUCCUUCUAAGCAGCAUUCUUACACCUCUGCUUAGAAACUCCUAAUUUGAUCUAUUGCUGAACUGAGUUGUUCAUCCAGUGUCUAAAGUAGUGGGCUUUAAAAAAAUUUUUUUUUUUAAUUUGGCUUUUAAAAAUUUGAACUACCUUUUAAGCAUGUUUCAUCUUAAAUAAAUAUGUGACUUGAAAAAGUAAAUAAUAGUUUUAUGUGGAAAUUUUACAAAUUUAUGUUGAGUAACUUCUAAGCUAUGAACUGGCUGCCCAGAUUUUUUUUAUAUUUAUUUCUAAUUUUUCAUAAACAGACAAAUCCCUAUCUGGAUUUUGUUAGUGAGGGGUGCUUUUUAAAUGCUCAGUAUUUAAUUCUUUCAUAGUAUGAUGUAAUCAUAUAAAGUUACUCUGUCUGAAUACAGAUGUAGUUAAUUUUUUCAUUUAACCUUCAGUUGUUCAGAUAAGAUGUAUUUAUUGUAGAGGCUUUCCUUUUUCACUCCAAGGUCAGGAGAGAGAAAAAUGUCAAGGAUGAGAUGAUGCAUGGAACUCAACAGGCUUUGAAUUCUCUGUUUUAGUCUUACAUGGAUAUUAAUUUUUAUUGAGCAAGGGAAACAGGAAAGUAGAUAUUACCAUGUAUUCAGGCAGCAUAAACUUUAGUACUAUGUUGGAUACGUAUAACUUUUUUUAAACAAGUAUUUAAAAGCCAGCCCCUUUUCGUUUCAUUUCUUUUACAAAUAAUAUAGGCGAUUAACAGAUCUUCUCAUUUUAAACUUAUUAAAUGUUAAGACUGUAAUUGGAAAGGAAAUAUUAUAUAUUUGGUAGGAUAGGCAUGAACUAUUAAUUUUGUUGGAAAUAGGUAUAUUUUCUGCUGUGAAUCACCUCACCAGAGUCAUGUGUCAAGAAUUAAUGUGUGAUAUAAGAAUUUCUCCUUGUUAUCUAUGAGCCACAUAUUCUUUGUAAAUCAGUAAAUAAUUCAUUUGUGAGCUGAACUUCA